GGUUCCGCCCAUUCCCUGCCGGUCCCGGCUCAUCCCCCGCUCCGCCUGCCCUGGCUCCAAAAGUCGAGGGCGUGGCGCCGGGGACCAAAAGCGCCUGGGGCCAGGGCCCAGUAUUUGGAAGGAAGAAUGUAACCCCCACGGGACUCCCAUGCUUUUACGUCAUCGUGUCUACCCUUUUGCCUGCGGUGACAUAACGCGCCUCUGUAACAUCAUCCCUCACCCAGUGACGUAACCCACAAGCAAGACUGUCGGGGAAGGUUGGGCUGUGGGGUCUCCUGAGACUUCUUUGGCCCCCGUACACCCGCAGAAUGGCCUCACCCCUUCGAGGAAAGCCUGCUUCGCCCCAAGUGGAGACUGCUCGCCACAAGGAGAAGUCGUCGAUCCGCGUGGAGACCUCUUUCCACCGCGUGGAGACCUCCUCCCACCGUGUGGAGACUUCCUCCCGGCAAGUGCGCACAUCUUCUCGGCAGGUGGAGACCUCCCAGAGCCGCAGUGAGGGGCCCUCGCUCUCCCCCUCUGGGAAGCGGCUUCCUCACGUCCUCGAGGUGUCCUCCAAGCACGUGGAAAUCUCCUCGCAGUGCACAGAAUCGUCCUCCCGCCACGUCAGGGCCUCAUCUCUGCGGGUGGAGACGUCUCUACACCGCGUGGAGAGCUCGCUCCGGCAAGACAAGCCGGCAGCCCGCCAGAAUGUAAAAAUGGCCAGAUGAAAUGCUUCCCAAAGGCCACAAAAGGGUCAUGGCCCUCAGCCAGGACUGAAUUGCCUCUCUUUUGCAGCCAUCCAGCUUCCGGGUGGACCAAUCAUCUUUGAUUUCGUGGAAACAGCCCAUAAAUCAAUGUAAGAAACAGCCAGGCUAUGGCUUUGGAACUCAGUCAACAUUUAUUGACCAUGCCACACCUUAGACCCAUCCUGCCUUUGACCCAGGCAACUAUUUUGACUUGAAGCCAGCAAAAAAAGAUUUCAGGCCCAUGGUACUGUACAAAUUUAGUUGAUGGACAAAGAGGCUUUUUGAUCCUAUGAGCCAGUUGAUCUUCAUGGUACAGAUAGAAAAACUGAAGUCCAUAGAAGCCAAAAGUAACUUGCCAAGAGCAGCGGUUCUUGCAACCACUAUUUACUGCCUCCUAGGAUGGUUUCUUUUGAUAGCCAAAUAAAGGUAGGUAUAGUGUCCUUAAGUUUAAUUAAUUUACAGUAAGCAUAGUAGAUAAUACUAAAAAUAGAAAAGGAAGAAAGUAACAUUUAUGUGCAGUUCUACAGAGCACUCUCCUGUAAGGCUCCAAAAACAUCUCAUUACUGUUCUGAAGCUCUGUUAUUAGGUGCAUAAACAUUUAGCAUCAUCGUGUCUGCUUGAUAAAUUAGCCCCUUUAUCAUUAUGAAAUUACCUCCUGUAGCCCCACUAAUAUUCUUUGCUCUGAAAUCUAUUUUAUUUGAUAUUAGUAUAGCUGCUCCAGCUUUCUUUUGAUUAUGGUUAGGAUGGUGUGCCUUUUUCCACCCUUUUACUUUCAACCUAUUGGUGUCUUUAUACUUAAAUGGAUUUGUUUUAUUAUAUAGUUGGACCUUGGUUUUUUUUAAUCCUAAUAAUUUCUGCUAACAUGAGAAUGUUUUGACCAUUUAUAUUUCCUGUAAUUAUUGUUAUGGUGGAUUUAAAUCUACCAUCUAGCUGUUUUCUAUUUGUACUCUCUGGUUAUUAUUCCUCUUUUUUUCUUUUUUCUUUUGUAUUUAAUAUUUUUAAUUACUCCAUUUCAUCUCCUUUGUUAGCUUAUUUACUCUUUCUGUUUUAUUUUAGUUUCAUUUGGGUUUAUAGAAUCCAUUUUUAAUUUAUCAUAUUCUACCUUUGCAUGAUGAUGUACUACUCGAUACAUAGUGUAAGAACCUUACAAGAGUAUACUUUCAUUUUUCAUGGCCUUUUUGCUAUCAUUGUCAUACGUUUUACUUGUACACGUGUUAUAAACCCCACAGUACACUGUUAGUAUAUUUGUUUUAAACAGUUAAUUAGUUUUUUAAGAAAUAUAAAUAAUUACUUUAAAAGUUAUUUGUAUUUAUUCACAUAGUUAGCAUUUUGGUGCUCUUCAUUUCUUUGCGUAGAUCAGCUUUCCAUCUGGUAGCAUUUUCCUUCUACUUAAAAGACUUCUUUAAUCAUUUCUUCUAACAGAGGUUUGCUGAUGAUGAAGUCUUUCAAUUUUUAUAUGUCCAGUAAAGUCUUGAUUUUGCCCUCAUUUUUGAUACAUAUCUUUUUUCUGGGUAAAGAAUUCUUAUUUUCUUUUUCUUUCAGUACUUUAAAAGUGUUAUUUCACUUGCAUUCUGACUUGCAUUAUUUCCAAGGAGAAAUCUUACUCUAUCCUAAUCUUUGUUCCUCUGUACAAGGGCUUCUCUAUGACUUCUUUCAAUAUGUCUCUUUAUCAUUAGUUUUAGCAAUUGGAUUAUGAUGUGCUUUUAUGUAGCAUAAAAGCAUAUAUUUCUUGAGGUUCAUUGUGUUUUUUGGAUCUGUAGUUUUAUAGUUUUCAUCAAGUUUGGAAAUUGUUUCUUAUUUCAUGAAAUAAUUUUUCUGCCACACUAUCCUCAUGGAGUGCAAUUAAAAGUAUAUUAGGCCACUUGAUGCUGUCCCUCAGUUCACUGAUCCUGUUCUUUUUCUUUCUUUUCUUUCUUUCUUUUUUUUACUUCCCCUCUAUAUUUCACUGCCACCCAAUGUCUCUAUUGCUAUGUCUUCAAAUUCACUAAUCUCUCAUCUGCAGUAUUUAAUCUGUCAUAAAUACCAUCCAGUGUUUUUGUUUUUGGUUUGGUUUGGUUUGGUUUGGUUUUUAUCUCAGUUGUCUCUCAUUUGGGUCUAUUUGGGUCUUUUUCAUAUCUUCCAUAUAUAAAGAAAUUCUUCCAUAUAUUUUUUUAAUAUCUUUCUGACAUGUUCAACUUUUCCUCUAGUUUCUUGAAUACAUGCAAUGUAGUUAUGAUAACUAUUUUAAUUUUUAUCUACUAAUUCUGUCAUCUGUUAUUUCUGUGUUAGUUUCCAUUAAUUGAUGUUUUUCCUCAUUAUGGGCUGUAUUUUCCUGCUGCUUUGCAUGCCUGGUAAUUUUUGUUGGCAUGGCAGACAUUGUGAUUUUAUCUUGUUGUGUGUUGGCUAUUUUCGUAUUCUUAUAAACAUUCUUGAGCUUUGUUCUAGGACACACUUAAAUUAUUUGGAAAUAAUUUUAUCCUUUUCAAGACUUGCUUUUAAACUUUGUUCAGAGAGUCCAGAGUAGUGUUAAAUUAAAGGUUAAUUUUUUCCCACUACUGAGGCAAAACCCUCCUGAGUACUCUGAUACUCCCUGAAUUAUGAGGUUUUCCAUCCCAACUGGUAGGAACAAGCAUGAUUCUCAGCAUUAUGUGAGCUUUAGGAGUGUUCGCUCUCCUUUCAGGUGUUUCUUUUCCUGCCCUCACAUGCACAUGAUAAUCAGUACUCAGCUGAAUAUUCAAGGGGAACUUUGCUCAUCUCUAGUUCUCUCUCUAUGCAGGUUUCUCAUUUUUAACACUUCACCCUGCAAAUUCUAGCUGCCUUGAACUCUCCAGACUCCUAGCUCUGUUUUCUCAGCUCAGGGAAACUGCCAAGUUCUGACAGGAUUCCUCCUUCCUACGCUGCAGACUCAAAGCUUCCUUCAGGCAUUAAGCUAGGGCAAUUGUAGGGUUCACCUUCAUCUUUUUUUUUUUUUUUUUAAGUUAUCUCAGACAGGAUGGCAAAUUUGAUUCCUGUUACUUCACCUUGGCAGGAAGCUGCCUCAUUAAUUAAUGUUUCACUGGACAUUAAUUUUACAAUUUAGUCUUUGGAUAACUGAAUAUUCAGAUGGGCAUGUGUCUGAAUGUGUGGAAUUACCAUAGCCCAGAGAUGGAUAGUGUAAUAACUGUCUCCCAGAAAGGGAUACUUGUGUCCUUGUUUUUGAGGAGAUUGUAAUAGCAUCUUUCUCUCUGUGAAGAAUAGUUGUGUUAUGUUAGAAACGACAUUUUUUUCUUUUGGUAUGGAAGUUUGUUAGCCAAUAUUAUGGGCUGUAGCAGUUAUGUUUUUGUCCCUUGACUCCAAAUUCUUCUUCUACAUUCCACUUUGUGGCUGAGGCUGUAACUUCACAAACCACAUUUCUGCUUUGCUACCUGGCCCCAUGCUGCACUCUGCCAAUAAGGGGUACUAGAGGGAACCUUCUGGGCUGGAGGAGGAGGGAGGUACUUCUUCAUGUCUACUUUCUGUAGGCUUCCUGCUCAUGGUUCAUGUGAGCAUCCCACCAGCACACUUCACCCCGGUUGCAGUAGGGCCUUCUCUUAGCAGGAGCUGCAUCCACUUGGCAAUUUUCUGAUAUUUGAAGAACCAGCUUUAUUGUACCCUACUUCAGAACACCAGUGCCAGCUCACUAAUACCCUUUCUCAGAGGUGUGAGUUUCAGCUCUAAGGGGUUCCUCCUCUAAGUUUCUCAGUUUUAAUAAUUCCAUUCUCUUUCUUUUACUGUCUAUAAGUGAGGUAGAACAUCUUUCUAUUUGCUUAUUAUCUUCCUUUUCUGAGAUUACCUGUUUGUAUCCUUUGCUCAUUUUUCUUUUGUCAUUUUCUUCUUGAUGUUUAUGAGUCCUUUAAAUGUUCUAAAUACAAAUUCUCAUUUGCAUUGCAAGCAUAUUCUCAAAGUUUGUAACGUGCUCCCUUUUUUAAAUUUUAAUUACUUUUUAGGUUUCAAAAGACAGUUAUUCAACUCCUGCCAUGUUCCAGAUACUCAGGGAAAGUAAGCACUCUUUGACCUGACUUUUUUCACUGGUUUUAUUUUAUGAUGGUAGCAGUGUGUUUCCAUCUUAAUAGACUAAUACGCCAGGAGUGCUAUUUUGAUGGUUUUUAAGCUUCCAGUCAAAACCAUUAAAGACAAAUAAAUUUACUGGGUCUCAAUCAGCAUUUUUAAAAAUGAAAUAGAAUGGAACAGAAAAUAUCAGAGUGCAUCACACCAUCAAGGAAUGAAUGGAGAGGACAGAAAAAGCUUCAGGCAAUUUAAUAUAACUCAGUGUUAAAGUUUAUAUUACAAUCUCAUGGCAAGGGAAUGGGCUUCUACCUGGACAAUUCAACAAGUAUCUGUUGGUAAGGACAAUGAAGAGGAAAAGAGAAUGGUUAGAUAACCAUUGUUAGACUGGAUAUGAGGGGGAAAAGUUCUGGUUAAGGAUUAUUAGAUUUAUUGAAAGAUAGCUAAAGGCUGUUGGGCCCCUCCCAAAGUUGAUAUUAGCUGAGUUCAUAGAUAACUGGUUUCACAGAGGUCUUAUCUCAUCAAAAUUUAUCAGAAAAUUGCUCAAGCAUUUUAUCAGAAAUAUAGUUAAUUCUCAAGGACAAGUUUGUGGAUUAUAUUCCCUAAAUGUCCCUGACCCAGACCAAGUAUGGGACAAUAUUUUCUUCUACAGUAUAAAAGUAUGUUUUAGGAACAUACUUUUAUUUCAGUACAUACAUACUCUAGCUUGAUGUAAACUUUAUUUUUUUAUUGUGAACCACUGUCAAAGAGUUUUGAAAAAUGUACUGUAUUUUAGAGCUGAGAUCUGAUCAAGGCUUGGGGAAUUUCAGAGGUCUUGAAACCUCCCCUUGUCUACAUGAAACCUCUCUAUCUUUGCAAACAUGUAGGGGAGAUUCUCCUGGAUGUCUUCACAUCAUAAAUUUCAUAUCUGUUAGAUUCAGAGGGCUGAUCAGAGUUUUGUCCAUCUUAGAGCCAGGUCUCCUUUUUGUCUGAUAAUGAGAUUUCAUUUGGAAAAGGGACUCAAAGCUAAAAUAAAAUCUUUGAAAUUCA